CCUUGCAAGUGACCAACAUAUCUAGCCGGCCGGUUGAUAUCACGUGCGUUAUUGCUGUUGCAACAGUACAUCAUAUAGUGUAUAAAUAGGCAGGAGGGCCUGGGCUUUUGCUCCAACUCACCGGUAGAUUGCUCCGCUACCAUUCCAAGCACACAUUCCAGCUACUCUGCAGUUCGGAAAGAAAAAGAUAUAGCUGCAGGCGCCAUGAUGGGGGUGAGAGUGGCCACUGGCAAGGCUCUGAUGAUACUGGUUGCAGUGUCUAUUAUCUGCGCCGGCGGCGGAGUGGUGGCCUCGCCGGCGGCCGCGGAGGAGGUGCCCCUGGUGCCGGCGGUGUACGUGUUCGGCGACUCGACGAUGGACGUGGGCAACCUGGGAAACUUUACGCCGUCGCCUCCCUACGGCGUCGACCUCCCGCUGGGCAUCGUGCCCAGGUUCAGCAACGGAUACAACAUGGCCGACUCCAUCUCGAGGCUGCUGGGUUUUGAUAUGAGCCCGCCGGCUUACCUGUCGCUGACGCCGGAGACGAGCGUUGAGAUCCUGAAAGGCUUGGGUGGAGUCAACUACGCCUCCGGUGGAUCCGGCAUUCUCGACAUCACUCAUAAUGCAGACCUCCCGUUGAGCAAGCAGGUGGAGUACUUCGCGGCCACCAAGGCAAAGAUGAUAGAGAAUGGCACCGUGGACAUCGAUGCGCUGCUGUCCAAGUCGCUCUUCCUCAUUAGCGACGGCGGCAACGAUAUGUUUGACUUCAUCUUCAAGGGACGGUCGAUCUUUGAGUUUCCGUCCUUCCACCGGGACCUUCUGUCCAACUACACCAAGUAUGUCCAGACGCUGUAUGGGCUCGGGGCGCGGCGUUUCGGUCUCAUUGACGUGCCACCUGUCGGAUGCGUGCCGAUGAUGCGGUAUAUACUCUCCAAGGCCGGUUUGGACAUGUGCGAACGCGUCGCAAACGGCCUCGCUGAGGGCUUCAACAAAAAGUUGAGCAUCGAGAUGGCGAAGCUCGCUGACUCGCUGCCUGGGAUGAGGUACUCCGUGGGGAGCUCCUACAAGCUGGUGACCAACUACACGGCGCACCCGGAGGCCGCCGGGUUCGACGAUGUGAAGAGCGCGUGCUGCGGCGGCGGGAUGUUCGGCAUGGAGACCUUGUGCGUGCCCGAUGUCACCACCUGCCCCAACCACGACGACCAUCUCUUCUGGGACGCGGUGCACUGCACCCAGGCCACCUCCAACAAGGGCGCUGAGGCCAUCUUUGCCGCGCCGGUAGGGCUAAAUUUCACCGCACCCAUCAAUUUCAAGCAGCUGCUUCUUGAUGAUCAACCCACACCGUCAGCCGUUAAUUUACUUACGAGUUAGUGAGUGUCAAGCCUGCUGCUACUCUCUGUUAGCAGUUCCGUCAUGUCCGUUUUAUCCUUGUUCUAUGUCGAUCGAGCACAGCAGAUGUGUUGCAUGUGCUCAGUAAGUAGUAUACUAGUUUGGACGUUUUGUAUCGUGCAAAAUAAAGAACCUGACACGUACUUUGUUUGCGUGGAGGCGCGUCGUAUAAGUGGGCUGCAUUGUUACAAGCUGAUCGUGGCAUGGUAGAAACAGAUCGUGGCAUAGGAGUCGGUCAUGUUUGAUUCCUUACUGAACAUCCCUUAUACUGAAUAAAGAAG